AUGCAGCUGGCCUACCAGAGGCUGCCCUCACAGCUCAGGGCCAACUCCAGGCUCAAGAAGCUCACGGCUCUGCUGCUGACUGCGUAUGCCGUGAAAAAACUGUCUCCAGUCGUGUGGAGGAAGCUGCAGACAGCUGCAGGUUGCAAACCGAAGGGCGGGACUAAUCCCCUGGGGGGUGAGGUCAAUAGCUUGUCCAACUCCGAUCAGACCAAUCACUGCAAAGGCAAGAAGAAGAGGAGCAGGUCUCCCGCAGUGAACCGUGACUUCUUCCUGCGUCUUUGUCGUCUGUUGAAGCUGCUGUUUCCUCGCCUGCUCUGUCCAGAGGUUGGGUUGUUGGUCCUGCACUCGCUCACCCUGAUGACCAGAACCUUCCUCUCCAUCUACGUCGCAGCGCUCGACGGAGUGAUUGUGAAGUGUAUAGUCCAGAAAGAUCCUCAGGCCUUCUUACUGCAGCUGGGCAAGUGGCUUCUCGUUGCUGUUCCUGCUACAUUUAUCAAUAGUGCCAUCCGCUUCCUGGAGGGUCAGCUGAGCCUGAGCUUCAGAAGUCGACUUGUCAACCACGCUUAUCAGCUCUACUUCACCAACCAGACAUAUUAUCGUGUUUCUAACAUGGACGGACGCCUCUCGAACCCAGACCAGUCUCUGACAGAGGAUAUGAUGAUGUUCUCUGCCUCCGUGGCUCAUCUCUACUCUAACCUCACCAAACCCAUUCUGGACGUGGUGGUCACCUGCUACACGCUGCUGCACACUGCUCAGUCCAAAGGAGCAAACACCACGUGGCCCUCCAUCAUCGCAGGCCUGGUGGUGGCGCUCACGGCCAAAGUGCUGCGCUCUUGCUCCCCUCGUUUUGGUAAACUAGUGGCAGAAGAGGCCAAGAGAAAAGGAGACCUGAGAUACAUGCACUCCCGGAUCAUUGCCAACUCAGAGGAGAUCGCUUUUUACGGAGGGCAUAAGGUGGAGAUGUCGCAGCUGCAGAGGAGCUACAGCUCUCUGUCCUCUCAGAUCCAUCAGAUCCUGCUGAAGAGACUGUGGUACGUGAUGCUGGAGCAGUUUCUCAUGAAGUAUGUGUGGAGCGCCUCGGGGCUUGUCAUGGUCGCUGUUCCCAUCAUCACGGCCACAGGGUACCGCGAGAAUGACUCUGAGGAGGUGAAGCAGGCGGCCAUCUUGAUGAAGGAGGAGGAGCUGGUGAGUGAGAGGACUCAGGCGUUCACUACGGCGAGGAACCUCCUGAACUCCGCCGCUGACGCCGUGGAGCGCAUCAUGAGCUCCUACAAAGAGGUGACUGAGCUGGCUGGUUACACCUCCCGAGUGUCUGAGAUGCUGGAUGUGUUUGAAGACGUUAAAAAUGGAGUUUACAAAAGGUCGUCCGAUGCAGAGGAGCAGAGGCCGAGUGCAGAGGAGCAGACUGUGGUGAAGCACGGUCACAGGGUCAGCCAGCUGCACAUUCGAGGUGAGGUGUUUACUACGGAGAAGGGAAUCCGCUGUGUGAACCUGCCGAUCAUCACGCCCACAGGAGAUGUGGUGGUGUCCAGCCUCAACAUACAGUUUGAGCAAGGCAUGAAUGUCCUGAUCACGGGUCCAAAUGGCUGUGGGAAGUCCUCUCUCUUCAGGAUCUUGUCUGGACUGUGGCCAGUCUAUGGAGGAGCACUGUACAGACCUGAGCCAGAGCACAUGUUCUAUAUACCACAACGCCCGUACAUGUCGGAGGGCACUCUGAGGGAGCAGGUGAUCUACCCAGACUCUGUGGAGGACAUGGGGCGCAGAGGUGUUUCAGACUCGGACCUGGAGAACAUCCUCCGGACCGUCCACCUUCUCUACAUUCUAGACCGAGAGGGCGGCUGGGCGGCUGUGAGCGACUGGAAGGAUGUGUUGUCUGGAGGAGAAAAGCAGAGGAUGGGCAUGGCUCGCAUGUUCUAUCAUCGACCCAGAUACGCUCUCCUGGACGAGUGCACCAGCGCUGUCAGCAUCGAUGUGGAGGGCAGCAUUUUUGAGGCCGCAAAGGAUGCUGGGAUAGCUCUGCUGUCAAUUACACACAGACCCUCGCUGUGGAAGUACCACUCUCACCUUUUGCAGUUCGAUGGUGAGGGCGGCUGGAAGUUCGUGCCUCUCGACGCCUCCACUCGUCUGUCUCUGCAGGAGGAGAAGCAGCGACUGGAGACGUCUCUGUCCGGAGUGCCCAAAAUGCAGCAGCGGCUGGCAGAGCUGUGCGUCCUGUUAGGGGAGAAGGAUGGGGAAGAGGCGGAGGAGGUGGCAGAGCGGGGGUGUGGGGGUGUGGUGGUGGGAGCAGCGGGGCGGGGUCUCCUCUCUCUGUGUGGGACCUGUUGUAGUGAAAACAGUCACGGAUCGUCCGCGGUCGUGGACGUACAGCUCGCGCUCAUCCCGGUCCCGUGGAGCACCGCACGGACGCCAGUGAUCUCCUGA